GGAAUGAAGCAAGUGAAAGAUUGUGCCGUAGUGGUUAUCUAAGAAAAAAGGUUAGUAAUCUCCGAGCCUCUAUAAAUGUAAGAAAGGAACCUUAAUAGAUGUCACCAAAACUCCUAAGCUGAUUUAUUGGGUUUAUGUUUCUGGAUGGACGGUGCCGCAGGACGUCGCGACAACAUCGACGAUGGGAGGAACGACAUUCAAGAAUUGGCACGGGUCAUCCGGCAGUCGCAGCGAGAGCCCUACCCCAAGAUUGAUGUUCCAUUGUUCGAUGAGAAUCAUGCCUCUUCUUGGGCAAACAAGUUUGAGCAACUCGGGUAUAGCAACAAAUAUACGGAUGAGAAGAUGCUUCGCAUGGUUAAUAGGUAUUGUCAGGUGGAGUACCGAGAUGAGAUCGAUGAGCUGGUGCGAAUCUCCCGUAAUUGGCCAGAUUUUAAGGCGCGGUUAUUGGAGAAGUACCAGCUCGGCGAUCGGUUACUCGACCUGCGAGAUUUGAGGCCGGUGGAUCGUAAGAAGUUUGGUACUACCAAACAAUUCUUAUCGGAGUUUGGGCGUGUGGGUCGCCUAAACUUGGAUUUAUCCGAUAAAGAUCGCUGCCUCAUCUUCCUUGAUAACUUCAACGACGUCGAACAGUCGAAGUUGGUUAAAGGGAUGCAAGGGAGGUAUGACUGGACUAAGGUCCGACAAAAUGCGCUGGUGGGGAAAUUCGACGAUAUCCUCUACCGGCUGUUGAGGCAACAAAAGGAGGAACGGGAGAAGGUGAAGCUGGGAGAGGUAAAGGACAGUGAGAUCUAUAAAACUUUGACCUGCAUGAGAGAGAUGAUGGAAGGCAUGAAAGAGGAAAGGCUGAAGUUUCAAGUCAUACUGGCCAAAGAGAAAAAUAGUAAGAGGAAGGGGAAAGAGCCGGUGGUAGAGGAAAGUGAUAGUUAGAGCGAGGAGGAAAAGGAACCGCCUCGUUGGAUAAAGCCAACGGUGGAUUCCAGGUUCCGGGGAAAGACCCGCCGGAGGUUAAUUAUGGCCCCAUUCCAACUCGUGACUGAAUGAAAGUGCCUUCGAAGG